AUGAUAGAAGCGAAGUUUUAUCAUAGCAUCGCUUUUGGCAACAGCUUGCUGUUCAGUGUAAUAUUUUCUAUGUUCAUCUUGUUGUACAUGUCUAUACGAGCGAAUAGGCAAGAUGUUUUGAAAGAUCUUUCAGAAAAUACACAAAAAUUUAUACUAUACAAAGAGAUGACUUAUCCGAUUUUAAACAGCACUGAAGCGAAGCGACUUAUAACUGAAUAUAAUCAAGACGAAAAAAUUAGGAAUAUUGAGACUUUUGGACCUGUAAAGAAUAAUAGUGUUGUUCUUGUAAUCACAGUGAAUAAAUUACACGAAUCUUUGAAAUAUCUUAUAGCGUCGCUCAGCGAUUUAGACGCUGUAGAAGAAACGCUACUUGUAUUCUCACACCUAACGUAUGACCAAGAAUUGCACGACUACAUUCAAACCAUAGACUUCUGUCGCGUCUUGCAAAUAUAUUAUCCGUAUACCCUGCAGGUUUAUACGGAUGAAUUUCCAGGUUUCAGUAAAAACGAUUGUCCUAGUGAUAUGAAACACAAAAAAGCCGAAGCACUUAAGUGUAAUGGAGCACAAACUCCCGACGUCCAUGGUAAAUAUAGACAACCGGAAAAAGCCGAGCAAAAACAUUAUUGGUGGUGGACCGCGAAUAGAGUAUUCGAACAUCUUCUAUCAUUUAACAAUCAAAAUGGACUUGUUGUAUUUCUUGAGGACGAUGUCUUCCUUCUAAAAGAUUUUCUCUACAUGACAGUUUAUAUGCACAAGUUGACGCUAUCCCUACCGCAAGUGGAAUUCAUGUAUUUAGGGCUGCACGAGUGGUCGUUGAAAAAUGACACUUAUGACAUAGAUAUUACGACAUGGGAUCCCAAACAGCAUUCUAGCGUGCUAGCAUUUGAUGUAACAGUUUGGAAUAGUAUCAUCCAACACUACGAUCUAUUCUGCGAGGUGGAUGAUUCGUCGUGGUCUCGCUCCUUAUUCUACAUAUCAUUGAAUAGAAGAGAUAAUAAAAGAUUCAAAGUGGCCUACACCACUAUACCAAGAGCAAUAAAGACCUCUUUAUGCUCUUUCAAUGGCUUUUAUGAAUCCUGUAAUGUCGAGGAUAAUGUAGUAAACGCUCUGAGGAUGCAAAGACAUUUGAAGAGUAAUCUUUUCCCGCCAUAUCUAGAAGUGUACACACAUAUCGAACUAGAAGACGAUGAGUACAUGUUUUUCGAUGUUUUAGAAGGCGAGGGCGGCUGGAACGACCCACGCGACAAAGCUUUGUGCUCGGCUAAUAUAACGGAAAAUAGAGUGAAAAAACUACUCAUGGACAUGUCCAGGGAAUUUAAGGACGCCUAUAAAAGUUUUUGA